AUGACAGCAGCACAAGGGAAAUUCACGAAGUUUUCAUUCAUUCAUUCGUUCUUUCUUUCUUUCUUUCUUUCUUUUACCAUAUCUCCCAGCACAAGGGAAAUUCACGAAGUUUUCAUUCAUUCAUUCGUUCUUUCUUUCUUUCUUUCUUUCUUCUACCAUAUCUCUGUUAAUUCUUUUUUUCCUUCUUUCUUUCUUUCUUCUACCAUGACUCUGGUGGUUCAUUUCAAAUUGUUUGUUUCUGACCAAUUGGAGAGAAAAAUGAAUUUCGCCCGCUUGUCUUCCUCCUCGCAUAGCGACAUCCAGAAAACCCGGCCAGUUCGUAACAGACCAGUUGUGACGGCUUUUGUUCCAGUAGUUCAUCUAUCUAUCUAUCUAUCUAUCUAUCUAUCUAUCUAUCUAUCACAGUCUGUUCAUACAUAUUUAAAUUUUAUCAUCCUUCUCUCUAUCUAUCAAUCCCAGUCUAUUCAUACAUAUUUAAUUUUUUCAUCUAUCUAUCUAUCUAUCUAUCUAUCUAUCUAUCUAUCUAUCUAUCUAUCUUAA